UGUGCAGUACGUUGCUCCGCUGCGCGACAAUGAUCUGAGGUUUAUCGGGCUGUGCCUGCUACUCUUCCUUGCAAAACGAUUUAUCUACCUUCGCAUCAGUGAUCUAAUCUUCUAUAAAAUGGAAGUUGUAAGUAUGAGCGCUGUGAAGAAAGCGAAAUCAAAAUAUGAAAAAUUUUAUAAAAAGAAGCCAGAUCCGGCGGGGCGUGCACUAGGCUUGAAAGCUCACGCUGCAUUCAUAGCUAAAGAUUUCACCACGGCUAAGGAUUUAUAUGAAAGGGCCCAAGCCCUCUGUCAGGCAUCAGACACACGAGCGAAUAAAGAGAAAAAGAAAACUUCAGGAGUUGUUGUAUCGCAGCGUGGUAUGACAUCCUCCUUCAGCGAUCUUCAUGAAACUCUCGAGAUGGAGGUCGACCUCCCUAGGCCCGGUUCAGAGGAUCAUGUGAUCGCAAAAAAAAAGUCCCAACUGCCUGUUGGUGCAAGGAAUUUUGCAGUAAACUCCCCCGAAUGCUUAGCUGCACAUGUGUCUAUUACGGGAGGAAAAUGGCAGACACGAUUCCCCCCCGAACCCAACGGAUAUCUUCAUAUCGGACACGCCAAGGCGAUGCAAUUUAACUUUGGGUUAGCUGCGAAGCAUUCUGGGUGCACUUAUCUGCGUUUCGACGAUACCAACCCUGCUGCUGAGAAACAGGAGUACAUUGAUUCAAUCAGAGACUCUGUUGAUUGGCUCGGUCAUAAGCCUUUUAAGGUGACGUACUCUUCGGAUUAUUUUGAUGAACUUUAUGAGUUUGCCUUAAAACUGAUCAGGCAGGGCAAGGCUUAUGUUUGUCAUCAAACCAAAAGUGAGACGGCGGCAUCUCGUCAACUUCUGCAGGAAUUUCAGCUUUACUGUUCUCGGAAAUGUCUGCCACGAUACGGCACGCCACUGCCUUUCGGUGCAGCAUCACCCUACCGAUGCAGAAGUGUGAAAGACAACUUGAUACUUUUUGAUGAAAUGAAAAGAGGUCUGUGGGAGGAGGGCACCUGCAGCUUGCGGAUGAAAGGUGACCUGCGUUCAGACGUCACCUCAAUGUGGGAUCUUGCUGCGUAUCGCAUUAAGUUUGAGAAACAUCCUCAUUCAAGCGAUAGAUACUGCAUCUACCCCACAUAUGACUACACGCAUUGCUUAGUGGAUAGUCUUGAGAACGUCACCCAUUCUCUGUGCACCUUAGAGUUCGAAACACGACAGGCACCAAAUGGGCCCUACUAUUGGCUACUUGAUAGUCUUGGGUUGUACAAGCCAAUUACAUGGGAGUUCGCACGCUGUAACAUCACACACAAUGUACUAUCUAAGCGCAAACUCAACAGGUUGAUUACAGAGGGUCACGUUACAGGCUGGGAUGAUCCUCGUUUGCUGACUAUAGAGGGCCUUCGUCGUCGAGGCUACACUCCGACGUCAAUCAAUCGAUUCUGUUUUGAACUGGGCACGACCCGCAACGACAACACCCAACAUUUCAGCAAACUCGAGCGAUGUAUCCGCGAAGAGUUGGACGAUGUUGUAUAUCGCCGAUUCGCAGUCUUGGAUCCUUUGCCUGUUAUCAUUUCCAACCACCCUGGCACUCCUUUACCAGUCAACUGCCCCUUACACCCGAAGUUUCCAGAACGCGGCAUCCGAACAUUGAACCUCACAAGCACCGUGUUCAUAGAACGCAGUGAUUUUCGUGAAUUUGAUGAUAUAAAUUUCUAUGGACUUGCACCAGGCAAAUCUGUAAGGUUGCUGUUCGGUUACAAUAUAACUUGCACUGGCUUUCAUAAGGACGCAUCAGGAAACGCUUGUUUGCUGAAAGCGAUAUAUGUUCCAGACUCACUUAACACAAAGCCACCCAAAGGCACUCUCCACUGGGCAUCAGCUGAUUUUGUUCAGGGCGAAGUGCGAGUAUAUGACAAGCUGUUUCAGGCCGAGGUUCCUGGGAAAAAGGAUGACUUCAAGCAAGGAGAACAGACACACUACCAAACAGAAGGAUCAGACGCGGUGCACUGUACAGAUGUGGACUGGCUUUCCCAAUUGAAUCCUUCUUCCCUGGUAGUUCAUGAAAAUGCUCUCCUCGAACCUUCGAUCGCCUGCAUGGCAGAUAAACCACUUGGUUUUCGCUUUCAGUUACAGCGUUUGGGGUAUUUCACUAUUGACAGAGAAUCCACUUUGAAGAAACCUGUGCUGAAUAGAAUCGUCACGUUAAGGGAAUCCAAAGAUCUCCGAACACUACAUCAGAUUUAAUUAGCAGCUCUACAGCACAGUAUACAUUUUCUAAGAGAAUUGUUUAACUUCUGUGUGAGUUGAAUGAUUGACGGCAGUUUCAGAGUUGCUUCUCUGGCUUUUUAUCGCACAUCUUGCACAGGAAACAUUUUUCCUGAGAAUGUCCAGUGCAUAGCGGUGACUGCGUGUACAGCUUUUCAAGUAGAGACUUUUAUUUUAAAGC